GGCGCUAAACGUUUCGUGCUAAUAUUUUUCUACGUAUUUUUCAGAUUCAAUCUGGGGUUAAAAAAACCAAAAUGACGAGCUUCAAUGCGUCCUCGGCCUUGUUACCUUUGGAUGAGUACUACGAACAGUGCGUAGUGCCGAAGCCUGUUGUACCUGCCCGGUACUCAAGCAACCCGAUCCCGUAUAAGGCCAAACGUCAGGCAGGGCGCUUGCGAUCCUACAAGGAGCAGGGUCAAGAGGAUGACGAUAAUAAUGAUGAUGAGGAUGAGGACUUUAAGGGUAUUGAGGAGAAGAGGUUUUGCCAGGAAAAAUCAACAGAGGGGUUCGACACCACUUUAAGCUUUGAGCUGAACGACUUCAACCAGAUAUACGGGGAGGAGGAGGCUUCUUCAAACUCGGAACUUCCUCGCACUUCUGCCCAGUGGCGAAUCUACGGCAACAACAUGAACCGACCCCCGGGAGCAGCUCCAUUUGUGCCCAAUACUUCGACACGUGGAAAUGUCAAGUCGCGUCUUGACCUCAGAAGCGGCUCUCGUUUCCAAAAUAACAAGAAUCAAAGGCAAUAUAACAACAAUUUUGAAAACCGAAACAAUUUCUAUCGCGGCCAACAGCACGCACAGAAUGCCAUCGAGCAGCGCAUGCGCACCUCUUAUAAUGCGUUUGGCAACCAAGCAAGCCAAGGGAACCAAUCAACAGAUGUACUAAUGAACCUAAACAAUAAUUUCCAGUAUUCUCACCAGGAUCCCAGUGACCUGCUUAGCAACACCAACGUGAUGGGAAUCGAUCAACAGGACUUUGCUAGCUCCAGUACUAUCACCUCUUUAAUCAAUUCAGUGUCCAAUAUUCCGGAGAAUCGGGUUAAGAACCGUUUUCCAUGUGAAACCGUAUUACAUACGCCGACCUCCUCAGUGAAUGAUACAUUCGCUAGAAGAGCCCAUGAUUUCCCUUUUCCGGUGCCGGACCUGGAUGACGCGAAUACUCCCGAGAGUGUAAAAGUCAGUAAAAUUGCAAAAAAUGUGCUGCUGUUGCUAAUGGGUGUCGCGCAGAAGAAUGGCCAAGGACCAUCCUCCGACUUAAGUCAGAACAUCGACUGGAUGAACGGAUUAGCAGAGAAGCCACAAAGUGACGCCAUGCCAGGGCUGGACGGACACUUUUAGCAGUUUAACUAGACAACAGACAGCAAGUUAGACAGAGAAGGCCAAGCUAUACUAAGUUAAAUUUAAGACCGAACACUUGAUGUUAAGUUUAAAUUAAUAGGAUUGGCGGGCCUUUUCCGUGUGAAUUGUGACCAGAGCAGAUUAAGAAGAAGACUAAGUGAGGGCCUGUGAAUGGCAGGGAGUGAAUAGUCGCCGACGAGAUUUUUUUUAUAUACAAUACAUAUUUUGGCUGAUAAGAACAGGCUGGGCCGCUUAUCAGCAAUGCACAACAAGAAGUACACACGGACGGGCGAGAUGUGAGAAGCGAAAGCAGACGAAAAUAGAAACAAACGGCGAUAAAUUUACAGCGAAGGCGAAUUUUCAUACAUAAGCGAUGUGCCGAGGAGGAAUAGAGUAAUAAUCAAUCAGUUAAUCUACCAAACAGCCGGAAAGUGGACGUGAAAAUGAUCAGCGGGAACGGAUAGCGGGAUAGUGAGCAGUGAUCGUUACUCCGGAUAGUGUUAAACGUUAACCUCAACAUAUGUAUUGUGUUUUGCCGAAUGAAAAACGGCACCUUAGUUAUAUUGUGUUUUGGUCAAAUGGUGCCAGACUCAGCGCAUGGAACAAAGAGCGCUAAUUUUUUUCAUUUAAAAUUUGGUAGAGCGUAGUUUUUGCAGCAUUACUGAAGUCGGCUACACCAUAUUUUCCCAAGAAUUUGAAAUAAAGUUAAAUCAGUACCCUAAA